UUGGUUUGAAGAUGGCUACAUCAUAAGAUCUAGUAUGGCUACAUGUACUACUGAUGGCAUAGGUGGAGUGCAAUGGAGCAGCUCUCGCACUACCUUCCAUAGGAACAAGGGGGAGAAUGUUAAGCUAACAGAGAGGAAAUCAGUAGCCACUAGGAUUAAAGACUCUGGUUAUGCUAUAGUGUUCACGAGUGAGCCAAUGGUUGCUGGACAGAUGCUCAAGGUCACUAUGAUGGGGAGAGAGGACCGUUGGUGGCGUGGUGGAGGAGGAAUGGAUAUAUUGGUUUCACUGGAGAGAACCCGAUGAACUCAACACUGACACAGUUAGAGAAUUUGAAAUGGAAAAAUGUGCACAAGCAUUUACUGUAUACUCGCGGCACUUCUCUCUGGUCUAACGCCAAGAGAUUCUGUAGACUGCAUUUCCAAACUCAUAAUUUUGGAGUGGGUGAUUCCAUAGGAAUGUUGCUGACGCUGGAGAAGGAAGUCCACUGGUUUGUGAAUGAUGUGUGGAGAGGGUCUGCACGUAUGGAGGAGCACCCCCUGGACACACCUAUGUGGGGGGUCGUGGACGUUAAUGGACCGUGUAAACAAGUCAAGGCAGAGAUUUGCACUGUGUCCAGGUACAACCCUGACUCAGAGCGGAGGCUGGGAGAGAUGGAACUGGGUGGAGUGCCACCACAGGAUGCAAUACCUCAACCGGAGGGAGCACUGUCAUUGUUUGAAAGAUUGCUAUAUGUAGGAUAUGGAUACUCACAAGAUGGUGCUACUGUCUCAACCCCACGUUCAAAAGAUAGUCCACUUCAGCAACAGCUCAUCCAAUCACAAUCAGACAUUCAACAGCUUCGACGAGAGGUGGGAGAAAAAGGCCAAGAAAAUACUCGACUACUGCAACAAUUAGCACAUGCCAGUGACCAAGAUACAGAAAACAAACAUCAGAUAGCUCGACUACAACAACAACUAACACACGCCAUUAAACAGUGGACGAAAAUCAACCAACAGCUAACACAUUCCAACAAUCAACGAGAACGAUCUGACACGGUGAACCAACAGCUGAGAGUCACCCUCAGGGGACAAGUGGACGUCCUCCAACAAAGAAUGGCCUAUCUUUCAACCAUCAAUCGUAGCAGCCACACCCAGGAAGUGGAGUUCUGGCAGGUGUCUCCAGAGGAAGUGUCUAUUAGAGAGGACGAGAUUCUUGGCCGAGGGGCCUGGGGCUACGUUGUCAAGGGAACCUUUAGAGGAACAAUGGUGGCCGUCAAACGAGUGUAUCCUGAAAUCUUACGACAGACUACGGUGGAUCGAAUUCGUCGUGAGAUUCACACCAUGGGCCAGAUCCGCCACCCCAACCUUGUCCUCUUUGUUGCUGCCGUCCUCAACGAGCAAACAGGUCCCAUGAUUGUCACAGAGCUCCUGGAUACCUCUCUACGUUCUGCCUACCAGGACAAUCGUGUUGGUCCCAACAAGCGAAGGAUCUUUGGAGACAUCUCCUCAGCUCUGGUUUAUCUCCACCGACAGAGGGAACCCAUCAUCCACAGAGAUGUGAGCUCUGCUAAUGUCCUCCUUCUCUCUCUACCCAACAACAAAUGGCUUGCCAAACUCUCUGACUUUGGAUCAGCCAACCUAGCUCGAGAUGCCACUACUCCUGGAGAAGGUGCUAUUCUGUACACUGCCCCUGAGGCCUAUCCCCAACCACCUUCGUCACCUCAACCACCACCACAACAGACGACAAAGAUCGAUGUGUACAGUUUUGGAGUGCUUGCUUGUGAAGUAGUGACUCGAACAUUUCCGAAAUCUGAAUUGUUUGUUCGUCUGCUAUCGAGUAUGGAAGGUGUAUGGCGGGAGCUCCACCCACUCAUCACCUCCUGUGUCUCUCACUCCCCUCAGGACAGACCCUCCAUGGACACUGUGCUACACCACAUCAAACAAUUGGACUCCGAGCCUUAGCAUUGGUGCACGAUUAUUAGUGA